CAGGUCGCUCACUUGUAUCGCCAUAGUUUGCGAGUUCUGCUGUCUUGGGCGGUCGACCGGGACAUUUUCAACGAAGCGGCUACGGAGCUUCGAGCGCGGUUUGAUGCCCAGCGGGGCGUUUCGGCCGCUGCCGCGUCCCGAUUGCUUAAGGAGGGGGACGACGAGCUCUUUUCCUUUACGCACCCGGAUCCGUACAAGUGCGUCUACAUGCCGGGUGGUUCCAAAUUUAUGCGCAACCCACCGCUACCC